CGUGAAGAGCUCGCCAGUCAAAGUCGCCUGGUCGAUACGGGGGGUCGUUUUAACCGUCUUCCACAAGCGCUCCCUUCGAUUUCAUCCGAGCCUUUUCCGCGACCGAGCGAGCGAUCGAGGGAGCACGAAGGAGACGCGCAUUGCCGCUCGUGUCCUCCUCCUCGAACCCUAACUCCCCGAUCGGCCUGCAACAUCGAGGCGAGAAUCGCCGCAGGAUCUCCGACGUCCGGCGGGGCCUCGACGGAAUCCGCGACCGGAGAGAUCCGAGCUCGCUCUCUCUCUCUCUCUCCAUGGCGAAUCCGGGGCACAAGCUCUUGUUCCUGCUCUGCGCCCUGUGCAGCGCCGCGAUCGCCAUCGCAGGACAGAGUUACUACGACAUGUUGCAAGUGCCGAAGGGCGCGUCGGACGAGCAGAUCAAGCGGGCGUACCGGAAGCUGGCAUUGAAGUACCAUCCCGACAAGAACCCGGGCAACGAGGAGGCUAAUAAGAAGUUCGCCGACAUCAACAAUGCGUAUGAGGUGUUGUCCGACGGCGAGAAGAGGGGCAUUUAUGACAGGUAUGGAGAGGAGGGCCUCAAACAGCAUGCGGCUAGCGGCGGCAGAGGCGGAGGAAUGGGAAUGAACAUUCAAGACAUAUUCGAAUCGAUGUUUGGUGGCGGAGGACGCGGGGAAGAGGAAGAGCAAAUUCCAAAAGGCGAUGAUGUGAUUGUUGAGUUGGAUGCGACACUGGAAGAUUUGUACAUGGGAGGUUCAUUAAAGGUUUGGAGGGAGAAAAACGUUAUCAAGCCAGCUCCAGGAAAGAGACAAUGUAACUGUAGGAAUGAGGUUUAUCACAGGCAAAUAGGUCCAGGGAUGUUCCAGCAGAUGACAGAACAGGUAUGCGAGCAAUGCCAAAAUAUCAAGUAUGAACGAGAAGGAUAUUUUCUCACUGUCGAUAUCGAGAAGGGGAUGCAAGACGGACAAGAAGUGAAUUUUUUUGAAGACGGGGAACCAAAGAUUGAUGGAGAAGCUGGAGAUUUGAAGUUCCGCAUACGAACAGCUCCGCACGACCACUUCAGGAGGGAAGGCAAUGACUUGCACACAACAGUCACGAUAACAUUGGUUCAAGCUCUUGUUGGUUUCGAGAAAACCAUUAAGCACUUGGAUGAACAUUUGGUUGACAUUAGCUCAAAGGGGAUUACUAAGCCCAAGCAAGUGAGGAAGUUCAAAGGGGAAGGAAUGCCAUUGUACUUUAGUACGAAAAAAGGAGAUCUAUAUGUCACUUUUGAGGUCCUAUUUCCCACUUCUCUAACAGAAGAUCAGAAAUCAAAGAUCAAGGCUGUUUUAGGCUAGGGUACAGACUUAUCAGGGCUCUAAGGCGUUUUGUUACUGUAACUUGACAGAGAUUAUUGAAAGUUGAGGAAACAUCAGAAAUUUUCCCCCUCUCUUUCACCUCUGUUUUUUUAGCUUUAUAGGACUAGCAAUUAGAUAGUUUAUGUCAGAAAGAUGUCUCCACCCGCCACCGGUGGAAGCAAGCUAGCCCCUAUGUUGGUUGCCCCUUGAUCCUUUCUCUAAAAGUUGUUGGUCAUUUUUCAAGCCCAGCAAGAAAAGGCGCCUAACACUGUAAUUCAACUGGAGUACUGCAACUUGGGCUCUUUGCACUUUUGAGCGCCGUCGUAUGCUCGGUCAAGCUAUAGAAUUUGUCUUUCUUGUUACGAUUAAAUUUGAGAUGACCGACUGGCUAAUUAGAAGCAUCGCUAUGAUGGAUAUUUGUUCUGAUAUUACUUGGAAGGAUGGGUGCUGUGAUAUUACUUGAAAGGUCGGUUUGCACAA